UUCAGUGAUUGCUCGAGCACGCGAAGGGCGGCUCGACCCUUCCCGUCAUGGACUACAUCUCAAGUUUCGACAUUCGCUUAGCCAAAGAGAUUUACUAUGCCGGCGAGAAGAUCAGCGGCAGCGUUUUGCUUGAGAACAUCGAGAACAUCAAGAUAAAAGGAAUCCGAGUGCUGCUUCGUGGAAAGGUGCACGCCACGCUGAAGGUGGUGAAGUCGGGUGAGAGACGGACCAUCAAAGAUGACCAAUACGUGCUUGACGAAAAAAUGCUCAUUUGGGGCAAGGACAAGAACGACGAGUCCGAAGCUAUCCCCAUCCUAGCCAGAGGACUACACCAAUUCCCUUUUUCUUUCGACCUGCCACAAAGUACAUUGCCUUGUUCAUUAGAAAGUAGGCAUGGGACGAUUCGCUACUACAUCAAGGUCAUCAUCGAUGUUCCGUAUGCGUCUUCUCCUCAAGGCAUCAAAUACUUCACUAUCAUAGGCCCUCACAUCGAUUGCAUGGAGGAAAAAUACCUGAGCUCACUAUCGGGACAAGAUCGUAAGACAACCUGCUGUUGGUGUUGUCGACGAGGGGCUCUGGCUCUACGGGUGGUUUUGGAUCGCACCGCUUAUGUAUGCGGGGAGAACGUCCGAAUAAGGGCUCAGGUGGAGAAUCGACAAUCGACACCUCAAGCGAUCCUGAUGAGGCUAAUCCAGCACGUGGAAUUCUUCAUCGACAAAGGUGUACUUGGCGAAAGCAAGUCUGUCACUUGUCUGGUUUUCGAGCACAAAUCACCUACAAUCCCACCGAAUUCACAAGGAAAGUACGACUCCACCUUGGAGCAGCCUAUACGCCUGCCCGUAGUUCCUCCUACGUUGAUUGGAGUUUGUCGUCUUGUACAGAUCUACUACAUCCUUCAGGUUUGUCUCGUUGAUGAAAAAAACAACGAGUGUCUUCAUCUUGAGUUUCCCAUAACAGUUGCAACCGUGCCAUAUCGAAUACCAAACGCACCUCAGCCGCCCAUUGACUACGACUUUUGUGCCAACCAUGUAGAAGGCGGGAAAUACGUUUCUCCAGAGUUUAGGCUGGGGCAAGUGUAUGAUGGAGAGAUCAACGAAGAAGGCCGUGAAGAAGAGGUCGUCCUCUAUCGUCCUGUCUAUGCAAAACUGGCAGAUAGACGUGUCGCAUCACCACCAACAACGAAGGAGUUUCGUUCUGGAUCAUUUACUCGUAUUGCGGACACCUGUCAGUCAAUGAUUACUGAAUCUAAUGGUAGACGUCGUAGCGUCAUCAUCUCGUCGCCAGUGAUGAACGAACAACGCGAUUCGAAGCUACAUUCACAGCAAAGCUUGAAGAUCGAUGCAGAAGAGGAUGUCACAAAUCCUCUCAUUCACAACACUUCUUAGUCAGUUUAACUUACUUUGAGCUAUUGAUCAUCAUGUGCCUUGUGAUACUUUUCUAUUUGCAAACUGUAAUCACGCUGAUACAAGGAACACUGCAACCAGUGGCACUUGAUCUGCAUUCACUAUCUCUGAUCUCUCCAGAAGAAUCUCAAUUUUUGCAUGGUCUCACCAUUGGUUGUUCUCUACCUGUGAUAAAUAUCGGAAUCUUUUACAACGUGACGCAAAUAGGACACUCAAAUAAGUGCUUGUAUAUGACUUGUGAUGCUUUUACGAUGUGGACUGUUGCGUCCUGCAUUCGAUAUAUCUUCUGCGAUUAUUUCAUCAAAAGCAAUUCCGUCCAAGCAUACGUCUGUAAACGCUCUAGGUAUCUUCCGGAAUAAAGC